AUGGUGCACCUGACUGAUGCUGAGAAGGCCCUGGUUAUUGGCCUGUGGGGAAAGGUGAACGCUGAUGAAGUUGGUGCUGAAGCCUUGGGCAGGCUGCUGAUUGUCUACCCUUGGACCCAGAGGUUCUUUGACAGCUUUGGAGACCUGUCCACUGCCUCUGCUGUCAUGAGCAACGACAAGGUGAAGGCCCAUGGCAAGAAGGUGAUUACCUCCUUUAGUGAUGGCCUGAAACACCUGGACAACCUGAAGGGCACCUUCGCCAGCCUGAGCGAGCUCCACUGUGACAAGCUGCAUGUGGAUCCUGAGAACUUCAAGCUCCUGGGCAACACGAUUCUUGUUGUGCUGGCCCGUAACUUGGGCAAGGAUUUCACCCCCUGUGCACAGGCUGCCUUCCAGAAGGUGGUGGCCGGAGUGGCCACUGCCCUGGCUCACAAGUACCACUAA